CAUUUUGCAAAAUUUGCUUAUAGAAUUUUUCAUAAUUUUUUUUUUUUAACUUAAGGGUGAACAUAUAUUAAGAUAAAAUGCCAGCAAUUGAAGCAGAAAUUUUGGCCGAGAAAGCAGAUAACCUAUGUCAACAAUCGAAGCCUAUGUCGGGUCCGAUUAUCGGCAUUAUCUAUCCUCCACCUGAGGUUAGAAAUAUUGUUGAUAAAACCGCAAGUUUUGUAGCUAGGAAUGGGCCUGAAUUUGAAGCGCGUAUUCGUCAAAAUGAGUUGGGAAACCCGAAAUUUAAUUUUCUAAGCUCUGGUGAUCCCUAUCAUGCAUAUUAUCGACACAAAGUAAAUGAAUUUCGGGAAGGAAAAGAUGCAAGCGCAGCCAGCGCGGUGACGGGCAUUAAGCAGCUCUCGGUGACAAGUGCAGCGCAGCAGAAACAACAGGAGCUGCUUAAGCAGGUUGCAGAACUUCAGUUUGUACCUAAGGAGCCGCCACAAGAGUUUGAAUUUAUUGCCGAUCCUCCAUCAAUUUCCGCUUUGGAUUUGGAUAUCGUUAAAUUAACAGCCCAGUUUGUGGCCCGUAACGGUCGUCAAUUUUUGACGAAUUUGAUGAAUCGUGAACAACGUAAUUUUCAAUUUGAUUUCUUACGUCCCCAGCAUUCCCUUUUCCAAUAUUUUACUAAGCUUUUGGAGCAGUAUACCAAAAUUUUAAUACCGCCAAAAGACCUUUUAGCCAAGCUAAGGUCAGAAAGUGCUCCUGGCCGGAGUAGCGUGAAUAUAGUAUUAGAACAAGUUAAAUAUCGCGCCAAUUGGCAGAAACAUCAAGAUGCCCAAAGACGCCGGGAAGAGGAGAAAAUUGAGAAAGAACGAGUGGCUUAUGCUCAAAUUGAUUGGCACGAUUUCGUAGUGGUUGAAACUGUAGAUUAUCAACCAUUUGAAACGGGUAACUUUCCACCGCCCACCACGCCUGAAGAGGUUGGAGCUCGUGUUUUAAUGGAAGAACGCUUACAAGAAGAGGACGGUGAUAUUGAAAUGCAAAUCGAAUCGGACGACGAGGAUAGUCAAGAUGCCGUUGUAUCGAACGCUGUGAAAUUAUCUCAGAUGGAAAAUCGUGUUGGUAUUCAUAUUAGGGAUGGCGGAUAUCAACAAGCCAACAAGAAAGACAACAUACAAGUACAGGAUAUGGAUGAAGCAUCCAGUGAUGAGGAGACAGUAACUACCACAGGAAAAGUUCAACCGCCUGUAGCGCCACUUAUGCCACCAACACAUGAUAAAGUUGUUGUCAAGAAAUAUGAUCCUAAAGCGACUCAGAUAAAACCGGUCAAGCCUGCUACCACGGAUGAAUAUCUUAUUUCACCUAUUACAGGUGAAAAAAUUCCCGCAUCGAAAGUAGCUGAGCAUAUGCGCAUUGGUCUAUUGGACCCACGUUGGGUCGAACAACGCGACAAACAUACGGUCGAAAAGAUAAAUCAAGAAACAGUGUACGCUGCAGGAACAGCUAUUGAGGCCAGCCUUAAACAAUUGGCCGAGCGUCGUACAGAUAUUUUCGGUGUUGGCGAUGAAGAAACAGUAAUUGGUAAAAAGCUAGGUGAAGAAGAAACUAAAAAAGACGACCGCGUUACGUGGGAUGGUCACACUUCCAGUGUCGAAGCGGCAACCAGAGCAGCGCGAGCCAAUAUUUCAGUAGUAGAUCAAAUACACCAGAUUCAUAAGGAAAAAGGAUUGCUGCCGGAUGAGGAAAAAGAAAAAAUUGGCCCAAAACCAAUAAUUAAUAAACCUGCAGCAGUGAAUAGUUCACAGUUGCCUCACCAAACUACACCUAAGCCACCACCUCAUCCGGUGCAUAAUCAAUCAUUACCGCAGCAUCAUCAUCACGGCGUGCCCCAACAGCAGCAACAAUCGCAUGCUUUGCCUCAAGCUCCACCAGUUAUGAUGAUGCCCAUGCGUCCGCCUCCAAUGAUACCACCUCCAUUCCCUGUAACUGGUUAUAUGGGGCAGAUGCCAGCGGCUGGACCGCCGCAAAUUACGCCGGCUCCACCAGUUCUGGAUCAGGGUAUUGUAGACGAAGAACCACCAAACAAGAAAAUUAGAUCAGAAGAUAAUCUCGUACCCGAAGCUGAUUUCAUUGCUAUGCACAAGAGUCCCGUCACAAUUCAAGUGCAGAUUCCUAAUGUUAUUGACAAAUCUGAAUGGAAACUUAACGGUCAAACAAUAGCUGUGUCCUUGGCUUUGACAGAUGCAAUUUCACUUCUUAAAAGCAAAAUACAAGAGGAAACCGGUAUGCCACCCGCUAAGCAAAAAAUUUCCUAUGAGGGCAUGUUCUUCAAGGACAGUAACACUAUGGCGUAUUAUAAUUUGCUGAGUGGAGCAACUGUGCAUUUACAAAUAAAAGAACGUGGCGGUCGUAAAAAAUAAAGAAUUAUCAUUAAAUAAAUAAAAAAAUCCGUGAAAAAA